AUGCAGGCGGAGGGCGGGGAGUUCGUCAGCGCCUGGGAAACCAGCCGCUGCAGGAAGGACGGAAUUCAGAAGUCAGGCCACGUCGAAGACCUGCGCAGGAUGACGGCCGGCUUCAUGGGCAUGGCGGUGGCCAUCAUCCUUUUCGGCUGGAUCAUCGGCGUGCUGGGCUGCUGCUGGGACCGAGGCCUUAUGCAGUACGUGGCAGGGCUGCUCUUCCUCAUGGGAGGAACCUUCUGCAUCAUUUCACUGUGCACCUGUGUGGCCGGAAUCAACUUCGAGCUGUCACGCUACCCGCGCUACCUGUAUGGACUCCCCGAUGACAUCAGCCAUGGCUAUGGAUGGUCCAUGUUCUGUGCGUGGGGGGGCCUGGGACUCACACUCAUCUCGGGGUUCUUCUGUACCUUGGCCCCUUCUGUCCAACCUGUCCCGAGGACCAACUGCCCUAAAUCCAGACCCGAGAAUGGGACAGUGUGCUAAAAAACAAACACCAUACCACACACACACACACACACACA